AUGACUCGCCCGAGCAUGAUCAGAGCAGACACGAUCGACUUGCAGAGCCAGAAUGCACCCUCGGCCGCCGACCACACGCGGCAGCCAACUCAGCCCGCGCCGCUCGGCAUUGGCCCCGCCGCACCGCAUCAAGCCGCCGCCGUCAGACAGGUCGUGGAAGAGCGCGCUGAAGAAGAGGGGGGCUGGAGUGAUGCUCAAGGCGACGAUGAUCCGAACGGCGCUGACGGGCACGCGACGCACCUCGACACCGACUCGGAUGCCGACGACGGCGACAUGGCCGACUCUGAGACGGAAGAUAUGGACGACGACAUGCUGGACAAAAUCUCCAGUUCUCCCUCAAUAGACGAUGCGGAUCAUCAUCGUGAGGGUGAGUAUGUGGGGACCCGACUGGAUCCGGCCGCAACCGUGCACGACGAGGGUUUUGUCGACGACGACGACGACGACUGCGAGGACGAAGGACACGAUACGGUAGGAUCAUUACCGAAUGAGGGUUUCCAAGGUAACAGAUACGAAAACGAUGAAGACGCCGAACAUGAAAUCGAGGACCAGGAAGACACGCGUGUAUACCUGGGAAACCAGCUUAUCGAGAUCCGCCCGCUUCCACCCAUACCGAUUGAUCACGCGGACCAAGAUAAGGACCUUGAUGAUAUCCAGCUAGAAACUCGGUCGAGCUCUCCAGCGGGUUCUUCUUCGUCCUGGCAGACCGACAGCGAUGCCUCCAGCUGGGAUGAAGAUAACGAUGAUGAUUCCAAUGACAUUUCUUUUUCUGACGACUCUCGCUUUGUCGACAGCGGUUGGGGCGGUGAGUGCUUACGCGAAACAGAGGACAUCGAUUUCGAAUUCGUUUACGCUCUCCAUACGUUCGUCGCUACGGUUGAAGGGCAAGCAAACGCCACAAAGGGUGACACCAUGGUAUUGCUUGACGACAGCAAUAGCUACUGGUGGCUUGUUCGGGUCGUCAAGGAUGGCAUGAUCGGAUACCUUCCUGCGGAGCAUAUCGAAACACCAACCGAACGCCUGGCGCGGUUAAACAAGCACCGGAAUAUCGACCUUGCGGCGGCUAUGCUCGGUGACAGCGCCGAGAAAUCCAAGAACCCAUUAAAGAAAGCAAUGAAAAGAAGAAACGCCAAGACGGUCCAGUUUACUGCGCCAACAUAUGUCGAAGCGUCCGAUUAUGACUGGUCUUCAGAUGAGGAGGAUGGCGAAAGCGACAUUCUCGGCAAUGGCCAGGCCCAAUCGGACGAUGGAGAAGAGGAGGAAGAAGACUUCGAACAGGAUGAGCAGGUUAAGGUCGAACCUUUGAGGAUCGGUGGCAAGAAAUCGGAUGAUUCUGAAAAUCCCGAUGCUUCCGCCGAAGACAAACUGGACCCGAAGAUAACACGGAAUGGCACGUUACGGAACACGGACUCUUUCUUCAAGGACGACACUACCGAGACCAGGAAGAUUACGUUGACACCAAACCUGCUGAGGGACGAUUCCAGUGCAUCUACUGUGAAGUCCACUGAGAGCAGAGAAAGAGCCGCGAGCAUUGACAGCUUGGAGAAAGAGCUCAAGGGUCAGGUACAAGAGAAAGAGAAAGCGAAAGACGACAAAAAGAAGAAAGAGAAGAAACCGGGAAUGCUUAGAGGGCUUUUCGGCCGCAAGGAUAAGAAAGGCAAGUCUGCUGAACCUGAACAAGAGGAAGAGAAACGUUCUGAGGAGAUAUCCCGAGAGUCGCUCUCAAGGGAUUCCGAAGAAACCGGCUCGCCGAAGCAAGAACCGAAGCAGGAACCCAAGCAGGAGCCCAAGCAGGAGCCCAAGCAGGAGUCUAAGCCCGAGGUUGGGUCACCAGAGCAACAACGGAAAAACCAGAAGCCAGUUAAAAGCGCUGCGCAGAAGGCCAACGAGCCGAAAUCCACGACGCCAAAGACACAGCCGAAAUCAAUUCUCCAAAACUCGGCAGCGAAUAUAGCGGCAAACGCAGCGGCCGAGGCCACUAUGCGCUUGGUGGAAGCAUCUCCUGAGGUAGAGCAAGCAGCAGAAGCAGAACAUGCGCGAGGAAAGUCACCCACGGACGCGCAGCAACAACAACAGCCACCAGCUCAAGGGAAAAACACCACCAGCCGAGCCAAGCAGGCAAUAACUAACGUUCUCAAUACUGGUUCCAACGUACUUGGUACUGGCUCCAACGAGGAACAAGGGCCAAAGAUGCCUCCGCGGGAAAAGGUCAAGAAAUCCAAACAACGUGUGCAGUUGGAUGAUUUCGACUCAUCCGCCGACGAAGAACACGAGGAUCCUUUCGCAGACCAGGAAAACUACCAAGCUCAGCACGAGCAAAACCACAUUGGAGCCCGGCCAGAAGAGGCCAAUGGAAAUGCUUCUGCUACCCGCAUGGACGUAUCUCCCAUCGACACGUCUCACCCCGAGCAGCCGCCUGCCCUCGUUGGGGAUACAUCAAGCCAGGACGACGGCUCGAUUUCUCCAGUCUCUCCGUCCGAUUCGCCUACUCACGCCAACACACCCCACCCCGCUGCGGCCUCAACCCUUCACCUUCCCCCUGCGGCCUCAACCCUUCACCUUCCCCCUGCUACGUCGCCGCCGGCUGGACCGCCUCCCAUGCGCCCCAGUACUGCGCCACCAAAUCCACUUAAAGAAAUCAACACAAACAUACCCAACUCUCCCAGCCUGGCUUCAGGCGCUGACAAUCCUAUGUCGGCGCAAAGCCUGCCUGCCUGGAGUGAUGCCAGCCUGCGUUCGUACUUGGACGAUGGGUCGGAUAUCAGAGAUAUGCUCUUGGUUGUAAAUGACACAACUGGAGUUGUACCGGCCGGUCCUGAGCAUCCAUGGAUGGCGGGGUUGUUCAAGCAGGAGCGCGGCAAGGUCAAGGAGUUAGGGACGCAGCUGGACGGGCUACUAGGCGAGUGGCUGGUGAAGAAGAGAAGAGACAGGGAGCGGGAAGUCGGGGCAGUGUCUCGUUAA